AUGCGCUCUCGCUCACCAUCGCUAUCUAUUCACUCCAAACAUGAAGCACCAAAUGCGACAGUUUCUCAAGAGACCAUCAAGAGACCAUUUUUAGUACAGCAGCAUCCUACACAAUCACAAAGCAGCCUACGGCUUCCUUCUGCUCUUCGAGAUAGCGGUAUUGAACUUCAACAGUAUACUCAUGGGCCAGGUAAUGUCAAUGACGCAGGACAGCCAUGGAUUAGUGGCUCGCUAGAAGUGUGGAUGAUUGGGUGUUUCGCAAUAAUGGCAUUCAUGGUCUCUUUAGAUGCUUUGAUUAUGGUUACAACUCUCAAGAAUAUUUCCCAGAUUUACGACUCCAGUUAUCCUCGUGACGCUACUUGGCCUAUAACUGUCUAUUUCCUCCUAAACAUACCGAUUCAAAGGGUCGCAGUGGCUGCAACAGAGAUGAUCAGCCGCCGAUUUGUUCUUAUCUCUGGAAUCUCAAUUUUUAGCAUCGGGGUGAUUCUUCUUUCGGCAGCACCCGUUCUGUUUCCUAUUCUUCUCGUUGGCCGAGGGCUCCAGGGAAUGGGAUCCGGCGUCAUGACUUCGGUUGCCCCUGCGAUGUUGACGGAGAUGAUCCCUCCACAGAGAAGAUCUCGAUACAACUGCGCCAUAUUUUUUGCUGCUGCUCUUGGAGUCGGCCUAGGACCUGCUCUCGGAGGCGUGUUUUUGGAAGACCUGGCAAUAUGGCGAUGGAUAUAUUACAUAUCCGCCCCGUUUUGUUUUAUUCUUCUGAUGUCCACCCCGUUCGCGAUUCGACCUGUCGGAGAGAUACUUGGGCCUAAACUAAGCAUUCUAAGUAUUGACUGGACAGGCAUAUGCUUUUUGAUGGCUAGUUUGACGGCGUUGGUCCUCGGUAUCACUUGGGCCGGUGUUCCCGAUCAGGUCACAGCUUGGCGUACGUUGUUCCCACUAGCAGCAGGUAUCGUUUGUUUAGUAGGGACUGUUAUGUAUGAGAGGUCUGGGGCGUCGAAGCCAAUUUUUUCAUUUCAAGUUCUUAAGACAUCGCCAGUGACGUUCGUGUGCGUUUUCAUUCACAGCCUUGUGAUGUUCAUCCAAGUAUUUUAUGUCCCAGAAUUCCUACAAGGGGUAUAUGAGUUAUCACCCAGUUAUAUGGGAGCAUUACUAGUGCCAUUAACAUCAACUUCACUUUUGGUUACUGCAAUCACGGGUAUCAUCACAGAAAGAUUUCGUGCAUAUCGUUGGGCAAUCUGGUCCGGGUGGGCUCUGACUAUAGCGUCAGCUGGUUGUAUGACGAUAUUCAGCGCUAGCACCAGCCUGGUGAUUUGUGUUAUUGUGCUAAUAGUCGCCGGUGUCGGUCACGGUUUGGUUAUGUCAGGCAGUCAUACCGCGAUCCAAAGAAUGGCUACGUCUGCGAAUGUUCGUGACGCCUUACUACUUUCCAACUUCAUCCGGACAAUUGCAAUAUGUGUGGCAGUUUCUGCGGGUGGGACGACUUUUCAGGCGCGCUUCUACUCUCGCUUGUUUCAGUCAAAUGAGGUUUAUGCUUUGACCUUCCGAGACAUCAUGUAUACGAGUCUCGUUCUAGCUGGUCUGGGUGGAUUGUUGUCGCUACUUUUGGCAUGGCGGAAGAGGAGUUUAUAA